ACACUAUUUCCGCUUGCAUCACAUCAUUUUUCUGGCAACCGACAUCGGAAGGUGGUUAAGCUUACCCUAAAUCAGACAACAUGAACUUCUGGGCGUGCCUUCUCCUAAUCCCAAGCCUAGUCACUUGUCAAGGAGAUCCUCCCCUCAACCGACCUUUAUUUGAUCGCGUCUUUGAACCCGUCCUUGGUGAGAUUGGAACCGUUAAGUUCAUCGAGGAGCAGGUGAACACAAUCGGUGGACAAAUCAAUCAUGGUAUUGAUUUCAUCCAUGACACAGAUCACGGUUCUCGCAUCUGCAACCUUGAUCAACCGUUCAAUCAAGGGGUGUGUUUCAAAGCAUUCACUUGCGGAGCCUUAGGUGGAGUGGAUGUGGGAACUUGUUCCACACCCACUCCCAAGUCUACGUGUUGCAAAUUUACCAGAACUUGUGGACAAUCCAGUGCCGAAACAGUCACUUAUUUUAGCUCUGAACCAACCAAACCUGUCCGGGAAUGCGAAGUGAUCAUCAAAUCUCGAUCAGGGGCGUGUCAAUUUCGAGUGGACUUUCUCGAGUUUGACCUUCCCAAGCCUCACGAAUCCGGAGUGUGCUUUCCCAACAAGAGCCUGGAGAUCUUCCAUCCAGGAUUAAAACGGUUUGUGUUCGGCAAAGGGAACUCGUUUUUUUGUGGAAUGAACAGUGGUAAUCACUUUUACCUGCCAAUCACGAGGAGAAAUGAGGAGAUCCGGUUCAGGUUCCGGAAUGCCGAUUCCUCGCAAUCCUUCAAGUACGCCAUCCGCGUCACUCAAGUGGACUGCCGUUCCCGCUUGGACGAUAUGCUGGCCCUCCGUGCUCCAGAUGGUUGUACUCAAUGGUUCACUAAACCUCGUGGUGGCUUAGCCUCCUACAACUACGACGGAAUGUCCCGAAUCGCCCCUGCCCAAGAAUACACCGCUUGUUUCAACGCCACCUCUGCCUGUGCCUUGGCCUUUGAAGAGCGAGAUUUCCGAUUAGGCACCGAUGUAACCUGCCACGGCCCAGGAACUUGUGUCUGUCGGCGUGCCUACUUGGCCUUGCCUUUAGCCGAGGAUUUGGAUGCAAGGCUUCUGUCCAAGGACCGGUUUUGCGGCGUUGGAUUGGGAUUAAACAGAGGGAUCUUGGUUACCCGGUCCCGGCCUUUUAUUCUACGGGUUCAUACUGGCACUGAAUUGUCUCCUCGUAAUGAUGCAGGGUUCCUUUUUGUUUAUAACUUGAUCGACAAAUGUUAGUGGUAUCUAAUUCUAUGAAAUAUGCAACUCUUUAUUUAAUAUAUUUUAUGGUCUUCUAGCACCAGA